CACGGUACAGCAGCGCCUCCCUCUUACGUCAUUUCCCGUCCAUGCUGUCUUGGGGCCUGCGCGCGCAUACAAGGGUCUCUUUACGACUCGGCAGGCAAAGAUGGCGGACGCACAGACCGAAAGGGCGUACCAGAAGCAGCCCACCAUCUUCCAGAACAAGAAGCGCGUUCUGCUGGGCGAGGGGGGCGGAAAGGAAAAGCUUCCCCGCUACCACAAGAGUGUCGGUCUGGGGUUCAAGACGCCAAGGGAGGCCAUUGAUGGCACCUACAUCGACAAGAAGUGCCCCUUCACUGGCAACGUGUCCAUCCGUGGUCGGAUCCUCUCUGGUGUGGUGACCAAGAUGAAGAUGCAGAGGACCAUCGUCAUCAGACGGGACUACCUGCACUACAUCCGCAAGUACAACCGAUUUGAGAAGAGGCACAAGAACAUGUCUGUCCACCUCUCGCCCGCCUUCAGGGACGUCCAGGUGGGAGACAUCGUCACCGUGGGGGAGUGCAGACCGCUCAGCAAGACCGUGAGGUUCAACGUCCUCAAGGUCACCAAGGCUGCCGGCGCCAAGAAACAGUUCCAGAAGUUCUAGACUGAAGGCUCGUGGCUCCGGUUGUCUGGCUUGCUGUCCUGGCUGACUUGUACGGUGUCUGUUUUCAAUAAAGGAGAUUUGAUUCCA